UAUGCGCAUGCCUUUCAAGUCAUAAGAAGGAUCGGUGCGGGAGUUAAUAGUUCGUUGGAUUUCAGCAUCAUAAAAAGGAAAUCAUGUAAAACUACGAUGAUCAAGUGUCCUCACCCCGAUUGCCAGGGAUCGGGACAAGAAGGAGAAUUUUGUGAAGAAUGUGGUUUCGGUUUAGAGCAAGAACCCAUCAAACCAAAAUCAAUCAAAUGCAAAGGCAUUUCUAAAAAGGAUGGCAAGCCUUGCACUGCAAUUCUUAUUGAAGGCGCAACAAAAAAGUUUUGUAGAGGCUGUGGAAACAUAGUUGAUCCAAAUAUAUUCCAAGACGAAAGAGAAACUGAAUUUUGUGUUGAUUGUGGAGAAGAAAAAUAUAUUAAUACAGAAUGCAAAGCGUGUCAUCAAGCUAAAGACAUACUUGGAGCUUAUAAUCAACCUGGUCAACAUGAGCAGGGGUGCGCAGAUGACAACGCUUUUGAUGAUACUCCUAAGGGAAUUAUAUCACAUAACCAUCAUGAACUUCCUAAUGUCUCGCCCCAGAAUAUUGUCCAAACAACACUGCAAAAUUCUUCCCAAAUGAAUACUGGCCAACUUAGCAGCAAUGAAACAAAUUUAGCGUCAACGAACAAAGCGAUAAAUAUAAAACCAAGCGAUGAAGAACAUCAUAGUGCUAUAAUAAAUACACAACAUACAACAUUGUCAUUGACAAACAGUUUUCAAGCAACUGCACAAACAAACAAUACAGGCACAAACGUAAACCCACAACCACAAGCAGCUUAUCGCAAAAGCCAGGCCAAUGAAAAGGAAGACAAAACACAAAUACAAGCGACUUUAUCAGAAGCUAGCAGCAAUGGGUCUGCUACCAACAGAAAUGUUUGGGUUCAAGGCCAACAGACAGCAAACACUAGAGAGGCAACAGCUUCUGUUGAACCGAUGCAAAUACGCAAGGACCGGAUUGUUACAGUCGUUUUUCACGUUCUUGUUGAACGGAAGUUUUUGUCAAGUGAAACAGAUGUUGUCACCUUACGAAUGAGUAUUGACGACUGGAAAAUGCACACCAUGCAGCAAGUCGAUUUUGACCAGACUUACGUUGAAUGCGACUACGAAAUGAAAAUACACAAGGAACAAUUGACAAACUAUGGCUUCCGGUACAAGUACUGUGUUUACUCAAGCAAUACUAACACCAAUGAAUGGGAGGAGUACUACGACAAACAUGCAUAUUCGGGACAACAUAUGAAUAGAACAAUCGGCGUUCCUGAUACAAUUCUGAAAGGAAAAGAAAUCUGGCAUCAAUAUGACGGUAUGGCUACAAGACCAAAGUCCCAGACUUUGGGGAAGAAAUUUGUGUCAUAUUUAACUGGAUCAUAUAAAAAAGAUUGUAAAGAGAGAGCAGUUAAAUUCGCACACAAAUUUUGCCCACCCCUGUUGCAAAACAACUCUGAGCUUGGCAAGUCCAUUUUGUCGAAAGAUAGAAUCAAUGAGUGUGUAGACUUGUUUGAAAGCCUUGUGCGUGGAUUGCGUAAGGUAUAUCACAUUGACGCUGGUGUGGAAAAAACUGAUGCAGAGUUUUUUGAAGAGAUUUUUAAACCCGUGUUGGACUCGUCUUUGAAGUCACUAAAGAAAAAGGGCAACACUGCGAUGAACGGCCAGAAAAAGGCUGUUUUAGCAAUACUCAUAUGUCUUUGCUUCCAUCGGGUAAAUAUGAACAUUUUCUCACAAUAUUUGGCUCAUCUUUGCGAAAGUUGUUUGGUGGAAGUCGAUAACGUCUCCAUGCGAAGCAGUACGUUUGAAACCCUUCUGCAGAUGUUCGACGAACCUUUAAUCGAGAUUGCUGUGAAGACAAUACUGAGAAGCUGGUCAUCAAAUGAAAUCUCUUGGAUGUAUUGUCUUCCAUUGCUGCACGUGGUCAAUGGUACUUGCUGUCCAUUUGAAAGCUGUAAAGUUGAUCGGCAAUAUGAACAAAAGAAUUCUGCUUGGUGGGGAACAAAUGGCAUAGAGAAAAUCGUUUCUGAAACAAGAACCUUGAUGUAUUCGGACAGUAAACGUGAUCGCAGCCCACUAAAAAAAGUGGUUGAAAAACUGAGAGGUGUCUUUCGUUUUGAUACAUACUUGCCUAGAAGUAUCUUAACGUGUAUAAGUCCUUCAGACCUUGAAUGGAUUGUCGAAAAAGAAGACUUUCCUAUGGAUGUGUGCUGUGCUACACUAGCGACUAUGUACUAUGAUCAACGCAAGGAUCAAUCUUCCAAAAACGACAACGAGCUGAAUGGCAUUGAGAAAUGUUUGAGGUUGUUUGUUAUGCGACUUGCGAAAACAUUUAACGACUGCAACCGACCUGGCUCAGCAAAUGAAAUAGAAGCUGCCAGCACUAUUUCACAAGAUAUGUAUGAGUUUUCAGUAUCAACGGAUAGAUUCUUUUCAAGAUUGUAUCCAGCUCAAAUACUUCUCUAUUGCCUAACAUUUGAAGACCAAUUAGAUAACAGAACCGAAAGUGACAGAGAAAUUACCGUGAAAACCGCUGCGAAAGAGAUGUGCGACUGGCUAAAGAAAGACAGGGAUGCCAUUGAUUUGAAGCCCACAAAUCUCAGUGAUCAUCUACAGAAAUGGAACCAUUGUGUUUUGACACCACAAGUGUCCAACGCUGUUUUUGAGUUGUGGACUAAUUCAGUGACAUCUUGUCUCCAACACGCUCUACAAGAAAAGACUUCUUCUGAGUUAAGGAAGAAAUUCGUCUCAGUAUACUGCAGACAUCUAGACACGUUUGAAAAGCCACUCCAAGAAUGUCUCUCCACCGUGGCAGUGACGGCAAUGGAAGACGGUUAUAAAAUCCAGUAUGAAAUGUUCGUAGCCAAAGAACGAAAGCGCUUUGGAAGCCUUCUUUCCAAGAUGUUCCAAUCUUGUUGGACAACAUAUUUUAAAGAUGAAGAAGACUGGGAAAAGGAUAAAGUCACUAUGUUAACAAUGGUACUUCAGUGGCCACCAAUGAAAGUAUUUUUGAAUAAAACAGCGGAAUUCCAUGACAUUAUAAUGGAAGAUUGCAAAGAAAAGGUGGCACAUUUAAAUGAAAACGUAUUGAGUGUUUGGACCGCUAUCUUAGAGGGCAGUGUUGAAGUUAGAUUGUUCCGUCUCGUUAAAAAAAACGUUAGGACGUUUGCUGGGCUGGUCACCCGCCUUUCCAAAACGAAAGUGCUAACAGAAGUACACAAACGUGUCAAAAUCAGGAUGAAAGAACUUCAAGCGGUGGAAGAUAGACUUAAAAAAGUCGUGAUCUUUAUUAGUCACUGCAAAUAUUUGAAAUCAGCAAACACAAAAGACAUAGAAGAAGUAGUAUUUAAAACAACGGACAUGAGUUUAGAACGUGCACGAAUGGACAUGCUAUGUGAUGUGGCAGAAGAUGUGCCUUACUCAUCAAUUGACACUUAUCAACCGUGUGUGAGUCUAUUCAAUGACUGGCCGCCAUUGCUACAAAUCAUUGACAUGCUGUACAGAGUAAACAAAAGUUGCGUUUUCGAACGAAUGUGGAAAGAGAGUUGCGACCAAUUCGAAGAAGACUUCCCUGCCGUUGAUGUCGUCAUAGAGAUGGUGUGGAAGCCAACAAUAGAACGAUACGGAAAAUUUGUAAAACAUUUGAAGACGGGUGAAAUCGAGUUCAUGCUAGUACAACAGUUUAUAGGCAAGAAAUGUGGAACAGACAUAGAUCUUAUGCGUGCCGAACUCGAGUACCUGGGUCUAGACGAGACAAUGAUCAACGAGAGACUCAUUCAGAUUGAAAAGCACUGGCAAGUCAAACAUUUUGUCGACUUUGCCAACGUACUAAUUGAUAUGCAGGAAGCAUUUGACCUUAGAGGAAACUUCGAACCAAUCAGAAAAAUAACAGAGCACAACUCGAAGGCGACCAAGAUUAGCGACUUCGAUGCACAAUUAGUUGAAGCGUGCGCGAUUUUACAGCGAGUAACAGCCCAACAAAGUAUAUGCUUGAACAAUUUUGUAAGAUGCAAGGAUCUUGUUCUUUGGAUAAGGAACUCAACGAAAGAGUCUGGACCAAAGGAACUCAAGGUGUUCAUUGAAUUGGCGCUGAAUACAGCUGGAGAAAAUCAAAUGAACGUAAAGAAGGUCCAGUGCCUGCAAGAAGCUGUUGAUGGUUAUUCAAGUCUGAUAUUUGAUCUUAGUACGAAUGAUGGGUAUACGGAAUUGCUUGAAAAAUGUGCAUCCGUGUGGAACAUUCUCGAACAGAGACCGGAGCUUUCUGAGAAAAUUCUGGACUCGAAUCGACAGACAAGUUGGUUUCAAGAGAUUAAAAUGUUCCAUGGAUCAGUAGAAGUAUCUUCCCUCAUCCAAGCUGAUACAAUCAACACAAAAGGCACAAUCUACAUCGGACAAAAAGUUAUCGACAUCAAAGAACGAGGAACAGCUGAUUUGGUCAUAGAUAACGUCAUUAGACUUUCCAUUCCAAAAUUAAAAAAUUCUGAGUUACAAGAAUAUUCAUUUGAAAAUUUACAAGAAUUACAAAGUAAACUUAUGCUUGUGAUUGGCAAGGAAAACGUCACAAACGAAAACGUGCAAAGAUUUACAUUGAUCUUCGAAAAUGUCAUGCGCCUUUGUGACGUGUACAUUCAACUGUGUUUGUCUGGCUGUGUACUUUUUAACGAUUGGAACGUAGAGUUUCUCUGUUCACCUGAGCUUGACCAACCUAUCUGUGCAACCAUGGAGUUUGAUGAUGCUUUCACGCUGGUCGGUCGAAAGUCGGAGAACGAGGGUUUAGUAGAAAUAAUGAGGGAGAUAGCACGGUUUCUUGAAUCAUGUCUUGAUGAUUGGCUGAAACACAUCAGGGAUCGAAGAAACGAGUUUUCAUUGCUGAACUACUUCACGACCGACCAGCUUGUAUUGCUACAGACGGAACUUAUAAAGUUAAAUACAGGGGAUGAACCAGCACUUUCAGUUUAUCCUUUGCUUUCUGUUUUAAAGGAGAAAUGUACGAAAGAUGAUGUCAAUGAAUCUAUGAAAGAAGCAAACAUCAAUGUGUUGGAAAUUGCUCAGGAACAAAAAGCAGAACGAGAAAGGUCAUUGGCAAAUAAAAGCCAGAGCGAAAAAGAUGCUCAAAAGAAAUUGGCAUUUCUCCAGAAACUAGACGAAAUGAGCAUAGAAGAGGAUUUAGCUGAACGAUCGCUGGCACACGUGAGCAAUGAGGAUAUUGAAACCUUAGACACUUCUAACGCUUUGGUAUGGUGUAUGGAAGAACAGGAACGGAUCGAAGACUCUAAGAAAGAAAACGACAAGGGUACUCAGAAAACCCUAUUUUUGCACUCUGGUAGUUCAUUAAUGGCCACCAUUAAUGAAAAGAUGUCUCACACAAGAGAUAAAAGAGAAAUUGGAUCAGCCCCACUGAUUGGCAGACUUGGCGAUCUAUGGAAAAAUUUCCUUCAUUCCAUUUCUACAAGCAUCAGCGAUUUUCUUAGUCUUGACCAUCUAGGCCUAGUUUUGAAAAAUCUUCAACAGAAAGAUGAAAGGAAGGUACGGAGGUCUCUGACGCCCAACAUGAAGGAAGGAGAACCAAACUUACUUGUCUGCCAAGAGGAUGAGGUUUUGCAGACGUGCUUAUCGCUUUAUAAAAACAAUAAAGAUCAACCGUUGCCGCUCUCUGAUGAGGUGUUACUUUGCUCAUCAGAAACAACAAAGGACGAGAUGGACAUUUUUCUCCGCCGUGUAUUCAGUGGUGAUGAUAAUAAAAUUCAUUGCCUUCUUAAUGUUGAAAAACUGAAUUAUGAUGUUACUGAAGUCGCAGAGCAAUAUGUGGAAAAAUAUUUGGACAAACGCAAGGAAGCGGACAAAGCUUUCUACAAGUUCGUUGUCAUAUGUUCAUCUGGAAGUGAAUGCCGAUCAAACUUAGUGUCUUCACUUGAGAAGUUCACAAGAACUAGGUCUAUGGUGAAUGUACAAUCAUUACAACACUAUCUUUUGACAAAAUUCGAUAUCGAUGAGUUGACGUUAAACGACGGUGAAGACAUUGAACCAGCAGCAGCUUUGCAUCAGCAAAAAUCAACCGUGUGGGUAGUUAAAUCGAAAAGAACUGGCAUGGGGAAAUCAUUGUACGCCGAAAGAUGUACUACACAAUUAGCAACUCUGAACAAGAGCAGUUGCACAGAAUCAAGGAGAGUAACCAUUCCGUUGCAAGAGAAGGCAGUGAACAGCUUUUCGAUAUCAGACCAAUUGCUCCAGUUUACAAGAAGUCCUGAAGAUAGCACAGCUAAUAUAAUUCAUUUGGAUGUUUACCCAGAGGUGCAAGAAGGAUUAGACUUCCUCCUUUUCAAUCUCUUGAUACUGAACUGCUUAACCAAUCGGAAAGGUCUCGUAUGGCGCAGAUCUAAGAACGAUCUGUACUUGAUUGAAUCGUUGCCAACUCUAUGCAAAUUGUCAGACGCGGACGGAACCAACGGAGAAAGCCAAUGUAUCCACGAGAUGUUUCGUAUACUUCCUGACAUCGUUUGUCGCUCCCCAUCGGAAUGCUUGCAAGUGUACUCUGGAGUUCUCCCCAAUGGAUAUCAGAAAUCAGAUCUUCUCUUUGAUAAGGAACAGUUUUGUAGUGAAGUGUUUCAACGCCCCUACCGCUAUCUAAACAAAUUGGACAAGAAAGAAAGUAUUGCGUUUGGCGGUGGCCAAUCUAUAAUGGCAACAGGACCCACCAAGGAUACAGACAUUGAAAGAAAAGAAUGCUUAAGUACACUGAUCAGACACUGUGGAGCUGUAAAUCCAUCAUGGGCAGAACUGCAUAAUUUUGUGUGGUUUCUUAACACACAGCUAGUAGACCUAGAAAACAACCAAUUUACUUCAGCAUCAGCGUCUGCAGAUUUACCCGGAUUUGGACAAUUCGCUCUUCGAUUUAUAGUGAAUAUGUCCAGGGAUUUCUCAACACGAUCUUUGAAAAUCAGUGAAGAGGUUGGAGAGGAAGAUCAUAGCUCAGAGAAGGAUUAUGUCGAUGCAUUCAAGAUGAGAAGAACGUGGGAGAGCAGUCCGCAUCCGUAUAUCUUUAUCAACUCCGAUCGAAUGUCGUUCACGUUCUUAGGAUUUUCGUUAGAUCGGCGAACUGGUGAUUUGAAAGAUAUCAAAACUGGUUUAACGAUGGAAGGCGGAUCAAAUAUUAUAACAACAAGAUUGUUCGAUGCUCUGAAAACAAAUAAAGUUCAGCUGCAUGAUGAUUUUGAUUCCCUGAAAAGGUCUGAUAAACUGACGAGGUUAUGUUUGGUCAUGGGCGUUCAUGUACCGCUAAUAAACGGCAAACCAACACCAAUUGACCCCGAUGAGACAUACGAACUUACAACGGACAAUGUGAAGAAAAUGCUGGCAAUUUACAUGCGUUUCAGAUGCAACAUACCUGUGAUAGUUAUGGGAGAAACAGGUUGUGGAAAAACGAGAUUGAUCGAUUUUUUGUGCAAACUACAACGACCACUGGAUUCAUUAGUACAGAAUAUGAUUAUACUAAAGAUCCAUGGUGGAACGACUGCUAACGUCAUUUCAAAGAAAGUGAAAUUUGCCCAAAAAAUUGCUCGAGAAAACUUGAAAAAAUAUGGACAGCAAAUGUACACAGUUUUGUUUUUUGACGAAGCGAAUACAACUGAAGCCAUUGGUGUUAUUAAGGAAAUCAUGUGUGACAGAGCUAUUGCUGGAAGGAAACUAGACGACUGUCCGAAUCUAAAAUUUGUUGCAGCAUGCAAUCCGUACAGAAAACAUUCUGAAGAUUUGAUUAAAAAGCUCGAGAAAGCCGGACUCGGAUAUCACAUUGAAGCUGACAAAACAACUGAUAAGCUAGGAAAUAUUCCAAUGAGAAAACUGGUGUACCGAGUGCAGCCCUUGCCGAGGAGCUUGCUACCUUUUGUAUGGGAUUUUGGUCAACUUAACUCGGAUGAUGAGGAAAACUACAUUCGACAAAUGAUCCUUCAUCGUUUGUCAAGAAAAGGUAUUCGCUUAAACGGUGCAGACGUCAAAGUAAUAGGUAGAAUUCUUUCCACCUGUCAGAAAUACAUGCGACAGCAAGAGGAUGAAUGCAGCUUCGUGUCACUUCGUGAUGUGGAGCGAACGUUGACAGUGAUGGCCUGGUUCUAUCAGACUGGUCCAAAAUGUCUCUUUCGUAUGAUGAAUGAACAUAUGAAAAGUCAACAAGGUCCCAAUGAAAUAUCGCUUUUCCUUUCUGAUGUGGCGAGAUCGCUUGUUUUGGCCAUUGGUGUGUGCUACCACGCAUGCCUGACUAGCCGAGAAAUGUUUCGGUCUUCAAUUGCUCAGUCCUUUACGGAUACAUUUGCUUUAUCAAAUGGCGCAAAUCAUAUAAAGGCAGAAAUUGAAGCGUGUCAGUGUGUCUUCAUGGACAACAUUGAUGUAGCAGACAACAUUGCGAUCAACACAGCUUUGAAAGAAAACUUUUUCAUGAUGGUAGUUUGCACAGAAUUGACAAUACCAUUGUUCCUGGUUGGAAAGCCAGGCAGUUCAAAAUCACUAGCACGCACCAUUUUGGACGAUGCAAUGCAAAGAGACAGUUCCAAAAGUUGCCUAUUCAGAACCUUUAAAAAGGUUCAGAUGAUAUCCUUCCAAUGUAGCCCACAUACCACCGCUGAAGGAAUAGUCGGCGUUUUCAGACAGUGUGCAUAUUUACAAAAAAACAAGGAUACUGGAAAAUUUGCUGCUACAGUUGUUUUGGACGAAGUCGGUUUGGCAGAAGACAGUCCAAAAAUGCCACUGAAAACACUUCAUCCCUUGCUGGAAGAAGGAUGUGACGAUGAGGAUAUUCCGCCACAUGAGCGAAAGGUUAGUUUCAUCGGAAUAUCCAACUGGGCUCUUGAUCCAGCAAAGAUGAACAGAGGAAUUCUGGUACAAAGAGCUGUUCCAGACAUUGUCGAGCUGAAGGCCACAGCAAGGGGUAUAUGUAUGAAAAACGAGGAAACCGAGCAACUGUUGAUACCAAUUGUAGAGCCGUUAGCUGAAUCAUAUCUAGUCGUCUUUCAGCAAGCAUCUGAAUCCCCACGAGAGUUCUUCGGUUUGCGCGACUUUUACAGUCUUGUCAAAAUGGUAAACUGUUUUGUUGAAAAGACGAAGAAAAAACCAACUUGGCCUCAACUGUUGUACUGCAUAAAGCGAAAUUUUGGUGGACUAGACAAAUUUGAUCCAGUGGAACCUUUCCGAACCAAGAUUGCACAUGUUACCUACGUAAACCACCGCGGGGACGACAGUGGCGAGGAAGUUGACAACACAGCUUCUGGUCUUAUAAGAGCUUGCCUGUUUGGAGACGAACAUGUGAAAGUCGACAGUAGAUAUUUGUUGUUGUUGACUGAAAACUUUGGUGCUUUGACUAUUAUACAACAACAGCUGUUUUCAAACAAAUCGGGCAAAGAACGUCCUGAAGUCAUAUUUGGAAGCAGUUUUAAAAGCGACCAACAGUACACACAGGUAUGUCGGAAUAUCAACAAAAUAAAGGUUUGCAUGGAAACUGGAAAAACUGUUAUUCUACUGAACCUGGAGAACCUGUAUGAGAGUCUAUACGACGCCCUAAACCAAUACUACGUCCGGUUUGGAGGAGAACGUUUUGUAGACAUUGGACUAGGAACACACCGAGUUAAAUGCCCCGUGCAUGUUAAAUUCAGACUGAUCGUGGUUGCCGAAACAAAGACAGUUUACAAAAAAUUUCCCAUUCCAUUGAUAAAUCGUCUGGAGAAACACUUCCUUAGCUUGAACACAAUGCUUACAGACGAACAGAGAAAUAUAGUGACUCAUUUGAGUUGUUGGGUAAAUGAAUUCGUCUCUGACGAAAGACAACCAAAAGAGAAGAUACACGUCAAACGGAACCUAGGUGACGUUUUUAUUGGAUUUCAUGCCGAUACAUGUUCUGCGAUUAUUUUGGACCUGUGUUGGAGGUUCAAAAACGAGGAUAAAAAUCAGAUUUUGAAGCGUGGGCAGGACAUUUUGCUGUGGUGUGCCAUACCCGAAAGCCUGGUGUAUAGACCUGAAGUUGACCUCGAAACCUACAAUAUUGAACAACAGCACGAAAGCAUCGCAGAUUACUUAACACAAAAUGUUAAAAAAAGAAGAGAUGUCCCUCUCUUGGCACAGAUAACAACACAUUCAAAGUUACUGGCUGGUGUGCACAAACACCUUCUUAGUCGCUCAAGUGGAAUUUCUAUUGAAAAUAUUCUUUUGCUGGAAUCUCUUCCCGCAUUUGACACGGAACAGCAGUUUUCAUCAAGGAUUCAGCAAUAUAUGAGACAGAUCGUGGAAAGAGAUCAAGGUAUGAUAGUAAUACAGUCUGACUCAGGUGAUCAGAAUGAAACAUUGAUCGCAAGUGCACGUUACUGUAUUCUUUCUACAAUGAAAGAGAUGGCAUACGUACAUGUGAUAUUUGUCAUUCAAUUGCCAAGAAAAAGUGGUGGAUGCUUCGGGGGCUUUCAGAGCGGAAUUUGGCACUCGGUUCAUAUUGACGAACUUUACUGUGAAGAGCAAACCAACUUGUAUUUGAGAGAAAUGCAAGGAAUCACAAUGAGCGAAAUAUUUCGAACUGGUCAUAGACACUCAAAGGAACAGAAAGAAAAGGUUGUUCCUGUAGAAAAAAUCAGACAAGUUUUGAUUGCUUGUGCACAAUCAUCAUUGUCGGUCGUAAAAGAUGUAAAUGGAAAUAGAGCAACGGAAAGACUAGAUAUCGUGCUUAAUUGCAUGCGUCGAAAUGAAAUAUGUGGACAAGCACAAUACAUAUUUGUUGAUGGGCUUAUUGAGCUAGUGUCUAAGCGCCUGAAAGAUUUAGAGAAAGAUCCAAUAAUGGCCAAAAGAUGGACAACAUAUGAUGCCGUACAAACGAAAGCAAUCACCAAGGCUGGAACCUUUCGCCGGGCCUGUUUGAAAACAUUAAUGGAAAAGGUAUCGCCAAUGGUUGCACAAAUAAUCGCUUUUCUUGAUACUGACAAGCAGCUAGACCUGCUUUAUGACGGAGAAGACUGGAAGCAAAUGAUAUGGUUAAGAGUGCUGAAUACAGCAGAUACACUCAACAUACAGUUUGACACAAGCUGCAAGAAUCGAGAUGUCAUGGUGACCAGCUCUGGGAAAGAUCACUCGUUUGGGGCAUUGUUUCCUUUCUCUUGGAUCAUUAGCCGCAAGCUGAACGAAUUAUUGAGUCAGCCUCUACCAAAAACCGAGGACACCGACGGUACAUGUCCAAGAUACAUCAUCGAAACAAUAUCAAAGGUUUUUUCCAAUGACCCAUUAGGAAACGUGAUUGGCAGUACACUUCUGAAAACAAAUGAUUCACAGGGCCUUUUUAAAGACGUCAUGACUGCAUAUGUCCAUGAUUGUGCUCACAUGAAAUAUUUGGCAGGGAAAGACUCAGAAAUGAGUUUGGUGCGUCAGUGCAUCGAAGAAAGGGCUUGUAAUCUCGUCUCACAAACUGGAAACGAGAGAAACAUUGCAGACGUUUUGAUUAGCGUUCAUCUUGCGUUGCGGCAGAUCGACGAACAACUUACUAAUUUUAGAUCCAUGAAUGCUCUUUGGCCAAAAUGCAGUCUAUUUGUGCAGACUAACAAACAAAAUGAAAAACAUUCCAGUUCAGCCGACGGAUAUUUACUGUUUGCUUUGUAUGGCCUGGUUGAUACGCUUAAACCCUCGACUGAUGAUGUUGCAAACAAGAAUGCAAUUAACACUUGGCUGACAAGAGUUCACGAGGCUCGCACAGUUGUUGAAAUGACUUUCCACGCUUACAAAACUAUUCCACUAGUGGUUCAAGAUGACAAAAACCUGUUACAAGUAUCCAGGGAAGCAUGGUGUCAAAUAAGCAUAGUGAAACUGUUCGUCGAAUGUGUCUGUUUUGGCACCGAUGAUACAAUGGUCAGUUGGAAACAAUGUACGGCACUGCGAAAGAAACUUGAAAAAGAAAAAGUUGCAUCUGUCAAAGACGCUAAAACCCUCAACAAUAUCGAAGCAUGGCUGAAGUUGUGCUGCAGCGUGGCAAAGAAGAUGUUUUUUGAAAAAGGUAACUGCUGCUGUAAGUGUGAACGGAUAAUAAAAGGACCACCAGUGGAGUUGCCAUGCAAACAUUUACUUUGUGACGAGUGUCAUGAAACAAAGUUUUUGCUUUUGGAACUAAGAGCGUGUUUAAGCUGCAAGGAAGUUGUACAAAAGCAAUGGAAAUCUGAUAAAUCAGCAGAAAAAUGGACUGCAAAGAUAAAGUUCAACAAGUAUCAACAAUGUUGUAAUGCGUUUUACAUGGGACUGGUGUCGCAACUCUGCUUUGAUGACCAGGGUCCUCCAUCAGUCGACGUCAUUGACAGGUUGUUGUCGUACACGUUUUCAACAUCAGACGAUACGAAACACUUUACAAGGGAUAUGUCGAUUUUCGAAACAGGAAUUGAUCCGAAUCCUGUAUUUCGGACCUACUUGCUGCAGAUGUUGAUCAGAUCCAGCCGGGAAUCAUUUAACAGUAUGGCAGAUUGUUUUUUCGAUAAAGCAAGAUCAUGCAUUCAGAAGACGGACGGUUGGAGUGAAAGUCUUGUCGAAAUAUUUAAUCUUGUGUGCCAAUGCAUUGAGGACGAGCUGUACCAAGAAGCACGAUCAGAGAACAUUUUACAAUGUUGUUUUAAGGCUUUUGAUUCAGCACAGGGAAUGUUUGAUAAAGAGACUACUUCGAUCAUAGCUAAACUUAGCGCAGUAGCUAAUAUGAAAUUUCUGCUCAAACGUGUCACCGUAUACCUUGCAAGAUGUCUGACACAAGAUGGGGUAACCCUUGAUGAAAAUGAGUUAAAUCUUUUGCGGAUGACAAAGACCAUGCUUACUAGACCCGAAGCGGAGCUUUCAAGAUGUUAUCUGGUGAAGCUGUUAUGCCGCCAUUGUAAUGUAGAGGUGUAUCACAGGCUAAGUGAGAGUGUCGACGAAAAUGUCAAUUGGAUAAGAGUGGAACGGCUGCGUCAAAAAGAGGCCUCAUUGGUACCAGACAGGUUCAUCAUUUGUGGUAAUGUGUACACAAAUAUCAGGGAUAAGGUUGCGCAAGUUUUCACAGGUGAAGACAUGUCAAUAUUGGAAGAAGCUGUGAAGAAUAGUCGAGGUCAAUCAAAACAUACGGGACUCUACUUGGAACUGGCUGUUUUCAGGGAAAUCACGUGUACAUAUUCCGUCGAUAGCCAAUGCGAAUCGAAGGCGAAAACGUUUAGACAACGUUUGGAAGAAUAUGACUUUGUUGAGAACAAGGAUCUUAUUUGUCGCAUGUUGGACAAUGCACUGGUGCCAAGCAGCAAGCUUAAACUUUUCGAUGGAGAAACUUCCAGACAACGCAGUCUACAAUGUCUUAUUGUCCACUUCAUGUCAGUGAUGAUACGAACAAAUGAAGGAUCGUCCGUUGUCCUACCAUUUCAAGUAUUGAUGAACAAGCCUGAGACUGCUAUGAGAAUGUAUCUACCCGCAAUGCCAUUGGAUGAACUUGAAGAGGUAUUGGACGCUAUUCGUGAAGCUCAUAAGGAAAACAAGUACAACAAUCCGGCGUUUUGGAAAUGUCAAAAUGGCCAUCCAUAUGUGGUUGUAGACUGUGGAAACAGAGUUGAGAAAGCAAAGUGCAACAAAUGCGGUGAAGAUAUAGGAGGAGGUGCAAAAGACAACAUGAAACUGGAUUAUAUACCAAAACCAAGUGUUGGGCACAUUCUUGGACACGCAGAUAUAAAAAGUACUGUUGUUGCUAUUAGAGAAAUGUCCCCGAUAUACGUUGCACUAAUGAGACUUCUGACGCACUUUGCUAUGUUUUUGGGGAUAGCGACGGACAGAAAGGCAAUCGCAGACUUGAUCAUGCCAGGCAUCUCAAUAGAUGAUGUAGACUCUUACAUUUGGAGACAUAUAGAAGUGGACAUGGAAGUCAUCAAAACAGUUUUAGCAACAGGAGACAAUCUUGAUGACAUUUUCACCAUGAUGCAUGUUGUUAUAGACAGACUAGGUGAUUACGAACAAGGAUUAGAAUGGGCCUGUCACUACAAUUUCAGAAGAAAAGAAGGGAGGAAAUUGUGGGAGGAAAAGUUUACAAAAACUGUGUUGCAACCUGUUAUAGAGAAAAUGACGGAAGCAAUAGCCGGCAAAAAUAAAAUGCUUGCUGAGGAUACUAGGCUUGGAGCUCAGCCACUUCUUCGUCAUAUUUAUGAAGUUGACAAUGAGUUGACAAACGACAAUGUGGAGGAAAUAUAUGCCAAUCCAUGUAUGUGGCGAUACAGAAUACAACUGAACUUCCAACAUAUGUGUACUCAACUAGAGGCAAAGCAUGGAUCAUCCAAAGAUGUAUUUGCCGUUCUGAAGUUAUUUGCAGAAGAAGAUCCAGUGUUGCAGGCGAUGAAGUAUGUUCCUGAUAUAUUGACCUUGCAGAGAAAACUUAUUUUCAAAUAUACUAAUGUCACUCGCAUAGAUCGCAGGGAAGCCAACGAGAUAACGGUUGCCAAACUGAUCGAAGCCAAGGCUGCUGGAGAUGAGACAGAGAGACUUAUAGCCAGUUUUACUUGUGCUUGGCAGAUAGUAAGGGAACAGCUUAAGACAUACGUAUGUGUGACGGAAUUCGGCACGGCCAAAGUUGAUACAAAAUAUUGUCAAGGCAUCAUUGAUGGCAAUACUCCAUUAUCAGUUUUAUUGCCGACCCAGAAAGGUCCUGGGCUAUGCUCAUUUGCGCUCAUUGAUCUGUUUUUUAGAAGACAAAACAAUUUCAUUGAUUGUUAUGCCCAGUUACACAAGAGAGAUCGGAAAACAAUUCAUCAUAUAGUGCCUACCUCGGUUACCGCUGCUCAUCUGAUCUGCUAUGACCAUGAAAAAGACAUCAGACCGUUGAUAUUCGCCAAUUGUCAAUACAGUUUAGAACUUGGACAAGGCACUAAAAUCGAAUACGAUUUCCAAGGAUUAGAGCGGCAGCUUGUUGACCGGAUAUUCGUUUCAAAGUCAUUCAUAGAUGUUGGGGUGGUACUCAAGAUUGAUAUUAUGGAGUACAGGUCGGACGUGACUAAUCUUCAAAUAUUUGAAGAGCUGGGCGAAAAAAUUGUACAGGAAUCUCUUCACUCCAAAGUAAAAGAUGUCAUAUACGAAGAGUCAAACAAUUUACCAGAGGUGUGCAGGUCGAUUGAUGUCCUCGACAUUGCAAUACGUUUCCUGAGAUCUACUGGUGGAGAACCAGACAUGCAUCUGUUCAGUUACCUGAAGGAAAAGCUGCAGAUGACGACCGAACUAUGUAGUCAAAAGGCUGAGGAAGUUUGCACUCUGAAACAUUGCCGAUCGCUGUGGCUGGCUCUAAGCUUACACAAAACAAAACUGUUAAUGAAUGGUGAACAGGAAGUGUUUGAUGCUCUAGACAAACAGUUUCAUGACGAUUUACCAGACGAAAGUUUAUCCUCUUUACACGGAAUUAUAAAUUCGUUGACGGAGAAAGAGCUUGCCAAUUUCGUGGAUAAGCUACAUGAGUUUAUCAUCAUGAAAUUAACGGUUAACGAAAAGACAAACGGCAGUGAGUACAGCGGAGAUUCGUCAAAGCAAAAGCUUCCUGAUUGGCUGAACGCCUACUACGAAUUUGACGAAGACGAAGACGAUGUUCAUACAACUAAAAGUCUGUUGCCACCUUGUGACAUUCUAAACUGCCACUGUGUAGCAGUCUGGAAAACUGCAAACACUGUUUUGAAAUCGAAGCGCUCUAAUUAAAAUAACAAUUAUCUAAAAUAUUUUGAAAAUAUUUCGUGGUGAAAGGUCUUUGGAGCGACAUCAGUGAAUUAUUGUAACUUUAAAGGUUAGCAUGUCCACAUGUAGGUACCCAAUUAUUAAUUAUUUGUUUGCUUAUUAGUGUCCAAUUUAUAUCUGAUUUAGUUAAAUUAAUUGCGUUUGUGGUAAUUUUGAUAGCAUGUAUUUAUGUUUGACUGAUUUUCUAGAGCCUGAGUUUUUUACAUAAAUUUAGUGAUUAUUUUCCUAAUUAUUAUUUUUAUAAUCAGUUUUUGUUUGCGUCUUAUUUGUUGAGUGUGAGUUUUAGUUGCUUUAUAAACUACCACCAAUGUAUCAGUCAUCAUACAUGCUUGUCUCUCAAUGCAAAAUAUGUAGUGAAACCAUUGUUUUCGGUAAGAGUUAUUCAGUAUUCUUAGGCUUUGUUUAAGUCGACAUUUACACAUUGAUUUUCUCAUGUCAAUGGUAAAAUUUCUAAAAUACUUUUCAAAAAUAAUGAAUAUUGUGUGUUUAUAAACUUACAUAUUUUUGUAAAUAUUACUUGGUAUAAUGUAUAUAUCUUUCUUCUGUCAUUGGUUUUGCUAGUAGUAGUGAAAAAUACAUAGUUUAUCAUUUGUAAAGGAUAUAUUCUUCAUCAAAACUGACCAAUGAAAUCAAAUUACAGAAUGUAUGGGUGCAUGCGCGCGUGUGUAUAUGUUUGCUGACUUUCAAAUACGUUUAGAACAAUUUUUACUCGAUGCUAAGCAGAUAUGUGUGUAUACAAUAUCUUUGAAAAUAACAUUCAUUGUUGUUGUGUUGUUUUUUUUUGUUGUUUUUUUUGGGGGGGGGGAUUUUACCCCUCAAUGCAUGUUUGUGGCUACCUAAUGUAUGUAAAGUUUGCCUUCAUCAUUAUCUGUAGCUAUCAUCAUUUUAAAGAAGAACAAGUGGAUUUCUUUAUGUGAUAGUUUGAAUGUAAACUUCAAGAACAGUGUGAAUUGCUGUUGUGGUUUCAUUACAGAUUGCUAUAAAAGUGUGUAUGCGUCAUCGUAUGUCAUUUUAGUUGUUCACCUAUAUUUUCUAAUUAAAAACAAAAUAAAUAUACCAAAAAUUGCAAUAUUUAAUUGCAUACUCGUUUGACUGUAGACAUGAUAUAUGUACAAAAUCAGUUUUAUCUUUUGCUGUAAAUUGUUUGCAAUGAUGUGUCUAAAUAUUCAUUUGUAUAAUGUUGAUGUUUAGAAGACUUCAUAUAUGUGCGUUUUAACCUGAUUGUUCGGAUAUUUUUGUACUGUAUUGGAACAGCUUAUAUUAACCUUGAUCAUACUUUAUUUAUAUGUAUAUAGACUUCACAUAUUGUAGAUAUAUUUAAAUUCCUGAUAAAUUUUAACAUGUUGGUUGUAAACACCAUAUGUAAAUCAUUUUGUAAUCAAAACCUUUGUAUAAAACACGUAUAUGUUUUGUGCCAUACGCUCGCAACGUUUACUAUCGACGCCGUGCUAAUAAACAGUUAUUAGUCAUGUAUUUUUAUUACAAUGAGUAUCGUACAAUGUUUAUUAGCAAUCAAUGUGUAUAAACUUUGUCUUUUGAAACAGAAUAUGUUAUGAGUUUAUGUAUGUAUGGUUUUUUUUAUCAUAUGCAAUGUAAAAAAAAGAUGUAAUCAGUACAUUCUAACAGGUGAACUUGUAACUCAUUAUUGCUUUUAAAUGUGUAUUAAGUGCUGCUAAACUGUUUUAAGGAAUGAAUUGCGGGGUUGUUGUCAUUAUCGGGGUAUGAACGCAAUUGGGCUGUUCUAAGUGUGCAUACUUUACCAGCCCAAUUGCGUUCAUAUCCCCGAAAAUGACAUCAACCCCGCAAUUCAUUCCUUAUAUUUACACCAAUUGUUCAUUAUUUUAUUCAAGAUACGUUAAAAAAUAAUUCAUUUCAUUUCGGAUUACCUUUCAGUAAUCCUUUCUUACCCAUUCUGUAAAUAGGACGACCCGACCGUUACCGGGAACAUUUUUUUUUCAAAUGACGUCAAAAUAAUGCGGGAAAAAAUCAACCACUUGAAAUCACUUUCAAACGUAAAAUUGAAACACUUUUGGCAUCAAAACGUUUUAAAUAUGAUCACUUAGCACUUUCUAAAAUGUUGUUUUAUAUUUUACGGGACCUGCUGACACAAUACAAACAAUAAAAAGAUCAAUUGUUUUCAUGUAUAUUGUUAUGCGAUGAAUUGCGAUCCGAACAUAUCGGAAGAUGUUGCGUUCAUCGAUUGAUGAACGCAAUUGCCGAAAGGCAGUUCAUUUAAGGAAUGGAAGAUGAGGUGUAAAUAUUUGACAUUGUUUUUAUAAAAUACAUCUAGAAUACUUGAGCCAUAAGCAUAUUGUUUUUGAUUUCAUGUUCUUAAUUAUCUAUAUCAGGAAGCUAAGCGAAAGAGUGUGUGUACUUGCUGUCGAUGUGUACACAAUACCUGUGAGUACACACACACUCAUGUGUAUUAAAACGGACUAAUUGGACGUGAACGUUAUGGCUUGAUAUGAUGAUUGCGUGUACCAGUGUCUUAUUUAUGUUCAUUUAUAACAAGUUCUUUAACAAUAUUAGUUUGCUGACGUUGUGUUAAACUGUUGCAUCCAUUACCAUUGUGAUGCAGACUGUAUUGUGUAUGGAACAGUUGUGCCUUUAAUAGUUUUAAUAUUUCAUAUAUAACGUAUGUAACCGGUUAUUACUUCUUCUGUAAAUGUAUUUUGUGUAUAAUGCAUGUAUUGGUGUAUUGUUUUGCAGUCGACAUAAAUGACGCUUUCCGACCGGUCACGUGCUCGACGUGUAAAAUGUAUGCAAGCUCUUGAAAAGUAAUAAAAACACACCCACAAAUUGUCUGAAAAUGUCGGCAUUCUGGAACUUGUGGUGAUGUUGUGAGGUUACUUUCAACCGUUACUUAUAACGGUUAACGGCAAUACUGAGGAUGUAUGGGAUAUUACCCCUACAGUAAUUUCAUGCCAAGAAUGAGCUACGUUGACAUAUUGUAUGAAAUAACUGAGCUAUAUAUUGCCUACAUCAUCAGCUAAAACAGUGUGUUUUUUAUAACUUAAGACAUGUAUAUUAUUUAGGUUGAUCAGACUGAUAUCUGAAUCGAAGUGACUUUAAUAGCAAAUGCAUAUAUUAUAGUAUGCAUAUAAGAUAUGUUGUGUGUUUAUUCAAGCACUUAAAAUAAAAAAUAAACAUUGGGGUUGAUCAUGAUACCCGUGUAUAUAGCAUUCUGUCGUCAUCUUUGUUGCUACGUGUAGAUGCCGAAAUCUUGAACAAUACAUAAUUACGUAUAAGAACAUUUUUAAUGUUAUAUUACAAUAAACAUGUUACAAUAUGCCAUAGCGUGUGCAGGACCUUGAUCAUUUAUCUCUGUGUCGCAGUUUUAUCAAUGAUACUUGUUUUAAGAAAGUUAACUGAUGUUUAUCUUUCGUGUGUCAAAUAUAAUCCGAAUGCAUAAAUUCUGAGAACACAAACCUGUUAAAGUUUUGAUUGUACAUUGUCCACGUACAACACAUUUAAAAAAAAUAAAAUGAGUUAUUGUGCAAACCACAGUUUAUUUUUUUAUCAUGAAAAUAAACCAAAUAAUUACUAACGAUUAUCAUUUGAAAAUUAAUACACCUUAUGCGGAUAUCUAACUCGUAAACGUAUGUUUUAAAAUUACAAUACAAUCUAUAGCAUAAUUUCUUUAUUUUUUGCUGUUAAGAUUAAUUUGUAUAUAUUUGUUUAUUUUAUGUGCAUGCCUCGUGUUAUACUAAAAUGUAUUUUUGUUUAUAUUUGUUGUUUUAAGUGUACUAUUUCUUCAGCGGUAGCAUGCGUUUAUUUUGAAUGUUUCGACAUAAUUAUCAUAGAAACUGUUUGUAAAGAAAGUUUCCUCUCAACGAUAUACGCGCAUAUAGAAAUUAAUGCGUAUACGAUAAUUGUUUUUAAAAUCAUAUUAAUUCGCUUAAUUCUAUUUCAUGGGAAUAAUCAUGUACAUCUUUCAAACCUAGUAUAAAAAUACCAUGCAAAUAUCUUUACAAAUAUAUACCAAUUUGAAAAAAGAGAAUAUUUCAGCAUAGAAUCAAUAAAAUAUACCUAUAACUUGUAAAUAUCGACUGUUCAGAUGAUAAACUUUUAUGUUUUAUUUUCGUAUGCAUUAUGGGUCAUAUGACUCAUAUUUUGAUACUAUUAUAUUUUGUCUUCAUGUAAGCGUAGUCCUGUGCGAGGAUACGGUACAUGAAAAGCAUACUAUAUGUUGAUAUGCAAAACUUUCCUUUGAUCAUGUAUACAGUGAUGUAUACAUGAAUGCUUAUAAACACUACUAUGUAUUUAAAUAUUAUGUACUCUUCUUAACUGUUUGUUCAUUUUUAAAAAAAAACGUCCUGCUCUUAUCUCAAGUAUUAAUGAAGAUACUAUGUUGCAUUAAUUUCACACUCACGGAAAAAAUAAUUCAAGACAAAGUAAUACCAAUGUCAUCUACGAUGUUUAGAGAGAUCUGUAAAGCUAUUGUUGAACUUCCAUUUGUGUAGUAUCUGAUGUAUUACUCUGGAGAUUUUUUCAGGAUAUUUUCAAAAUAAAAUCAUUACCAUAACUGUUGGAACAAGAAUAACGUACAUGUUUAUGACAUGCCGUUAUUGUUAUAUUUCGAUAGUAUAUUAUGCAAACAUUAAGAUAAGUUUGCUGUCAUGCAUACGUUAAUUGUCAUCCUACUUAUGUUUCUAAAAGAAAAGUUAAUAUGUUGCAACGUAAUAAGACUAGUUUAUACUAAAUUUGCCAUAUUGACUUUUAUCUUGUGAAACUAUUAAAUCAUACGUGUGAAAUAAAAGUUACAAAAAUC